AUGCCUAUCUCCAGCACAGAAGGCGCACCGAAGUUUGACGGCAAGGCGGAAAACUUGAUGCUUUUCAUCGAGGAGUACGAAUACCUCGCCGACCAGGCUGGCCUCCUAGGCGCAGACCGCAUCAAAGGCCUCCUCCGAUAUGUCCCCAUGAAAGACAGAGGUUUAUGGGCUGGGACAAUGGCAGCAAGCACGAGCAACUAUGCCACAUUUGUCUUAGGGAUAAAAAAGAUGUAUCCCGGCUGUCAAGGUGAUAAGUGCUAUGCAGUGGCAGACCUGCAGACGAUUUUGCACAAUCAGUUUAACGUGCCAAUGCGCAGCGUAGACGCGGAAGGGGAGUAUUAUUGCAAAUUCAUCAAAGUCGCACAGCCCCUAGUUGCGAAAGAUCGCAUAGGGAAGGCAGAGAUGAAUAGAUUGUUUCUUGAAGGGUUUCCAACGGAGAUCCAACAAAAGAUUCGCACACGGUUACUAAUCAAGUCCCCAGACCACCACCCAGAUGACCCUUACCCAAUUGACGAUGUGCAUGAAGCAGCAGACUUCUCACUCCCUGGGGUCGAGGUCGUAGAGGCGAUCCCAUCAAGUGCGCCAAGUUUCGCAUCCAACCUGAUCACCCCACCCCAAGCGCCAGCGCACCAGCAACCAGCACCAGGCACUAUCAUCAAACAAGAGUACCAAGCUGGUCGCAGCAGCAACUAUACAGCAAGUGGAUGCGUGUUCUGUGGAAACCGCGAUCAUUUCAUCGGCCGUUGCCAGGAGAAGGAAUUGUACAUAAAUGUGGGCAAAUGCAAGAUACACGACCAGCACAAGAAGAUAGUGCUGCCUAAUGGAAGAUGGGCAGCAAAUGAAGCGCUUCCAAGCGCCAGUGUAACCGCUGGCAUCUUUACAGCGGAUUCAGAGGUAGACGACGAAGAUCUCGAAGUGCUGCGCGCUACGCAGGCGUUAGCGCUAGCAACUGCAAAGUGCGAUCAGAAGAAGGGAAAUGGACCUUACGCCCCCAAAGGAAAAGCGUCUCUCCUGCCGUACAAGCUUCGUCAGACAAAGGCAAGGCGCCAGAACGCGCAAAAAGCGCUGCGACGCCCUCUACUGUCAGCUGCCAAGCCAAAAGAGACACCCAAAGUAUCCGAGAGUGCAUCAUCGUCAUCUGUUAACACACCCCUUGCAUCAUCAUUGUCUACCCACUACAGGAACUUAUGCGCACUUGAGGACAAGGAGGCCGAUAAGCGCAUAAUAGAGCGCCUUCUUCAAAGCAGCAUCAACAUCCCUGUGUGCGAAUUACUCGCUGUUUCGCCAGAUGUCCGCAAACAAUUCCGCGACCUCACAACCAAUAAGUGCGUCACCGUAGGCACGGUAUCAGUCAACGAAUUAUCCAGCCAGGAAAUGACAGAGGAGUUCAUGCAGGCAUUCAACCAAGAUCAGUUGCGAAGCGAUGAUGGCAAAGUUGUCGCAGAUCACUUCGUGCCUAUUGCGCUGCUACGAUUGGAGGGCGGGUACUCACCUGUGUCCUCGAUCAAGGCACCGAAGUAG